AUGGCAACAGAGCGUCCAGAAAUUGCUCAAUUGGUGCAAAUGAUGAUCAAUUUCGGACCAUCAGUCUUUUUAGAUCAUAUGAAUCUCGGAAAGGAAAUCUGUGUUCAUUUAAUGUUUAUGACUUGGGGUUACGACUGGGAACAAUUUAACUAUACUCUGCUGUCCGACAUUAUGACUCACUUACCUGGCGGUGGUUCAUCUAAUACAGUGACGCACUAUUCUCAAGGAUUUCAAUCGGGCAAAUUUUGCCAAUAUGAUUACGGUUGCGCAAAAAAUUUAUUAAUAUACAACUCGGUAGAACCUCCAGACUACGAUCUAUCAAAAAUCAUGGUUUCGAUCGCAUUGUUUUAUGGCCCUGGCGACACCUUGGUUGACAUUGUGACGUAA